AUGUCAUUUCUAUUCGGCAAAAAGAGCAAGGAGGGGAAAGGUCAGACUGCGCCUAUUCAGAGACCCCAGGAUAUACAGACCGCGCCAGGAUCAGGCACCUCGAUACCCACAGUCAAUGGUUUGAGGCCAAAAGAACGAGGGGCUGGGAUACAGUCUCCAACGCCAGGUGCAGGUGCUGGUGCAGGCGCCAACAUCUCCGCCAAUCCGAUCGAAAAUGGAAAUACUUCAAGUCCGGAGCAUGGACAAGGUCAACGCGGACGACAAGAUUCAGAUUUAUCGCGUGGCCCACGGCCUGUCCCCAAUGGGCCCCCUCCAGGUGUCAGCCCAGCAGCGCUAUACCCCUGGUCUCAACGACAACUCACCUUCCCAUCGUCUCAGCCAAAUCCAUUCCCUAGAUAUGGUGCGGCGGUCAAUGCUACCUCGUCCAAGGAAGGAGACAUAUAUCUGAUGGGUGGACUUGUCAAUGGGACGACUGUCAAGGGCGAUCUAUGGAUGAUUGAGUCUGGGGGCAGUAAUCUUGCAUGUUAUCUGGUCGGAACCACCUUCGAAGGUCCGGGUCCACGUGUUGGCCAUGCAAGUUUGCUAGUCGGAAAUGCAUUUAUUGUUUUCGGUGGCGACACCAAAAUGGAUGAGCGGGACAAGCUAGAUGACACACUCUACUUGCUGAAUACCUCAACCCGCCAUUGGUCAAGAUCUAUGCCUCCAGGACAAAGACCAGCGGGUCGAUAUGGGCAUACACUGAACAUCCUGGGUUCGAAGAUCUACAUCUUCGGUGGACAAGUCGAGGGUUACUUCUUCAAUGACCUUCUUUGCUUCGAUUUGAACGCCUUGCAAAACGCCAAUAGUAAAUGGGAAAUGCUCAUUCAGACUAGCAACGAGGGUGGUCCUCCAGAAGGACAAAUACCCCCAGCUAGGACGAAUCACACUAUCGUGAGCUGGAACGAUAAGCUCUACUUAUUUGGUGGCACCAAUGGGACACAAUGGUUCAACGAUGUAUGGUCAUACGAUCCGAAAGUUGUUGCGUGGACUCAACUUGACUGCAUUGGCUAUAUACCCGCUCCACGUGAAGGGCAUUCAGCCGCGUUGGUCGACGAUGUCAUGUACAUAUUUGGAGGGCGUACUGAAGAAGGCACCGACUUGGGCGAUUUGGCGGCGUUCAGGAUCACUUCGCGGCGCUGGUACACCUUCCAGAAUAUGGGUCCAUCGCCGUCGCCACGAUCCGGCCACAGUAUGACUGCCUUUGGCAAAAAUAUUGUCGUCCUUGCCGGAGAACCAAGUUCUGCAGCCCGAGAUCCGAGCGAGUUGAGCAUGGUCUACGUGCUGAAUACAGCGAAAAUCAGGUAUCCGAAUGAUCAGCAAAUUCAGAACACACCAGCCGGCGAGCGCGUACCGGGAAAUCGCAGGCCUAGUCAGGAGAGAGGAACGGGCCUUCCCAAUCGGGGGAUCAACGCUCCGAAUGGCGCUCCAGAAGGUCUUAACAGAAAAUUCAGCGGCUCGCGAGAAAGUAUGGCUGGCGGAUCCCGUGGACCAGCAAUAGGACCGGGACCGGGACCCGGACCAGGGGGGCGGGGCCAAGAUAUGAGCAUGGCAAAUGGUCCCUCUCCGCCUGGUGGGGGAUCUCGACUUCCUCGCGCUUCAAUAGCACAAGCGCCUUCGGGGCCGCCUCCGCAGCAGCAACCUCCACCACCACGAGCAAAUGGAAUCAUGUCGCCCAACAAUGGAGCUAGAAGCAGAACCCCUACCAGAGAAAACCGUGGCUUCGGUCCACCUGUCGAUACUGGCCGAGGACCGUCCUUCGAGAAAGAGAAUGUGACCCCACCGAUAGUAUCACCGGUAGGACGAGAGGGGCCGAGACAAGGCCCAACCGCUCGUUCUAUGAGUCCUGUGAUCAACGGACGCCGCACGCCGACACAACAGUCUGGACAGCAAUCAAUGCAGCAGCCUCCACGAUUUGCAGACCAGGCAGCCGACUAUGAUGAGCCCCAGAAGUAUGAUCCGUCAUUUGGGAUAUUAGGAUCGCGCCAAGCUGUUCAAGAACCUUCUCUAGAUGAAAGCGAUCGAUUCCCGUCUGCUGGCCCACACCAGCAGCGAUCCUUCAACGAUCCAUACGAUGAGCCUAACGACGUUUCUAUGAGGAACAACAGAGUUCAACGAGAUGAUUCGAUUCCACGUCAGCAGCUGGAGCAGCUCGAGAACCAGCAUCAAGGUCUACAGAGCCAGUUCGAGGGUCUUGAGAAUCAGCAUCAAGGUCUCCGAAGCGAGUAUCAGGGCCUCCGAAGCGAGCAUCAGGAUCUUCAAAACGAGCAUCAGGAUCUUCAAAGCGAGCAUCAAGGCCUUCAAAGCGAACAUCAAGGCCUCCAAAGCGAACAUCAAGGCCUCCAAAGCGAACAUCAAGGCCUCCAAAGCGAACAUCAAGGCCUCCAAAGCGAACAUCAAGGCCUCCAAAGCGAGCAUCAAGGUCUGCAAACUCAACAACAAGAUCUGAUGCAAGCAUUGGAAGCAGCAAAGAGCCGCAACGCCUGGUAUGCGUCCGAAAUGGCUCUAGCGCGCCAGGCCGGAUACCAGCCGAAUAACUCCGGGAGCCCACUUGACGAAAAGGCUGCUCAAUCAUUUGGCGACGAUGAUAAACCGCUCUUGGAGGCGUUGAUAGCUGUGCGCGCGCAGCUCGCUGAAGUGCAAAGCAAUUUAGAGUCCCGUGAGGAUGCCGCAGCGCAAGAGGUUGCGGCAGCAGAGCAGCAACGAGACACUGCAAUUCGCGAAGCCGCCUACGCCAAAGCCAGGCUUGCAGCCCAUGGUGGUAGUCAUGUUGGAACGCCGCAAUCCGACGCAGCGUCUCGAGACCUAGGCCCCGAUGAUCGAUCGAGUGACAUUGCUCGAAAGUUGGCUGUGGCAUUGGCAGCUCAGAACGAGCUACGUGUCACAGUUGCUGCUAUGACCAAUGCAAUUCAUAGUGAGAGACAGGCAAGAGAAGCAGCCGAAGGUACUGCUGAUGCUGCGCAGAAACGCGCAGCAGAAUUCGACCGAGCUCGCAACCCUGGAGAGCUUGAGAGCUUGAGAAGCGAGCUUCAUCAGGUCGGAAAGACUGCUCGAGAGGAAUCAGCGGCGAAGUUCGAGGCACACUCUAAAGUGCAGCUGCUUGCGGUCGAUAAGGAGGACCUGGAGCGAAAGCUAGGUGAAGCCUUGGAAAACACCAAGCAGCACAGCAUUACUGUUGUAUCGCUUCGAGAAGCCGUCACAGCUUCAACGGACAAGGCUUCCCUGCUUGAGAAGAAGCUUAACGACGAACGGAGACAAAGAGAGCUUGUGGAUCAAAAGCUGCUACAGCUACGCGCGGAGCACGAAGAGCGGACCGCGGAACUCGACGAUACCACACGCAAGCUUCGUGACGCUGAAGAAAUGGCCAGUGCUAAUGCUGCUGAGGCAAAGACUCAUCGCCAAGCUAUGGUCGCCGGUCUUGACAAAUUGAAUAGCCGGAGUGUGGCGGGUCAAAACAUGCCAAUUGAGGAUGAGCGCGUACCGAUACUGAAGGAACAGGUUGAGAAUGCUCAUGCUCUGGUUAGGAAGAACCAAGCAGCGGCCGACGACGCAGCAGAAAAGCUCCGACGAGCAGAGGAGAGAAUCGCAGGUUUGGAAGCCUAUCAAGAGCAAUCCAGCCGCGACAGUCUUGCUGUGCGCAAGCAGCUGCAAGAUACUGUUCGAGAAUUAAUAGCAUCGCAAUCUCAGUAUGGCGCCGUGCAGCGGCAAUUGGAGUCCCACCAGCGAGAUGCAAGCGCGUUGUCCGUACAGCACAGCGCCCUCAAGGAGCUAUUGGAUGAAAGAGGCAUCUCCUCAGAAAAUGGCAGAUCUAGAUCAAGGAAUCUGGAUAGUCCAGCAUACCGUCUCGAUACGCCAGACAACACCCGCCUUAGAGAGCUUGAGCAGGAACUGGAGGUCAGCAGACAAGCCCACCAAGAGACCAAGUCAUUAGUAGAAUCGAGAGAGCUACAAGCCGAUAAGACGUACCGUGAGAAGCUAGAGCUUCUUGAGAACGACUACCAGUCUGCGGUGCAUUACGUCAAGGGCACCGAGAAGAUGCUUAAGCGUAUGAAGGAUGAGCUCACCAAAUACAAGAAGCAAAACGAGCGUCUGCAGAGCGAACUCGAUGUGGCUCAACGUUCCCAAUCAGAGCGAUCAAUGGGCCCAGAGGCAGCUGCCGAAUGGGAGCAAGAACGCCACUCCCUCCAGAAAGAGAUCGAAGAGAUACAGAGAAGUGUCAAGGAUUCGCACUCUCAGCUCGAGGCCCAGAUGGCGCAAGUCCGGUCCGAGCUCUACGCUGCUCAGCAGGAACGUGACCAUUACCGCCAGAACAACGAACAAGCCCAAGAACAACUUGCACACACUACACAACAAGCGCGCUCCGAGCUCGACCAACUCAAGAACGAGAACUCCAUGCUCGAAACGCGCGCCCUAGACGCCGAACAGAAAGUCACCCUCCUCCUCGACCAGGUCGGCACCUCCGUUGGUAACUACAGACGCCAGUCCCAACAACUCAACGGCCAUGGCCACGCCCGCGGCCUCAGCAACGUCAGCACCACCUCCACCAAUCCUCCCACCAACUUCAGAGGCGGCCACUCCUACACGAACAGCGCGGACCCCAGCAUCAUUUCUGCCAGCGGCAAUACCGAAAACAACCGCAACUCCGUCGCCCUCGACAGCCUAGCCUCUGAACUCGAAACCCUCCGCUCCCACUGGGCAGAUACGCAUCGCACCUACCGUCUCAGCAACCAAUUCGACUUUGAGCGCUCGACGCCUAACAGUGCGGUAGGCCAGGGAAACAUGAGCGAUAGUCUGGCGAAUUGGCGCAAGAGGCUGGAUGCCGAAGAGGCGCAGAAGGGGCGUGGUCUAAGGGAUAGCUCGGAGUCUGAGCCGGAUCAUCUCAGAGAGAGCGGUGUCAUUCGACCACAUGAGAAGAUGCCUGGGGGCUUGGCUGGCAUCAGCAGUAGUGAGGAUGAAGAGGAAGAAGAACGACGAGAGGGCCGUAGCAAAAGCUACGUUAUCUGA